GACAAGUGACCAGUGAUGUCAAAAGUUGGCCCAUGCCCUGUACCCCACAGACUGCACCACCUUCCCAGCAUCCUCCUUCACAUCCGCUUCAACCUGCUGACCUCAGACGACACGGCAGCCAUCUUGGAUCACCCCCUGGUUAGGGAGGAUCCUGGGAGUUCUGAGGUUAUCAGGAAUGUGGUACAGGAAGGGAACUCCAACCUGAAGCCGAGGCUUGGGAUGACAACAGAAAUGGCUAUUCUGGAGCCUAGUUCACAGUUUGGAAGGUCCAAAAGACUCCUCUUCAUGAACCCUCAGGAAGAGAAGUUCAUCAGAUGCAGGUACAGUCAAGAAGACAUGCCUGAGUUCUCUGCUAUGACAGUCACCAGUGAAAACGACAUCUACAUCCUGCAAACUGAAGAAUCAGAGGAAGAGAAUCAACUGUCCCUGUUUAAGUACAACCAUGCAGAAAACGUGUGUGAACCAGCAGGUGUGUCUGCAAUACCCAAGGGACCAGAAGAUGACUUGUGCUGCCAUUGGCACUACCUGUAUGAAGUUGAUCACAUUUUGUACUACAUUUUGUUUAAUCCUGAAGCAGACAGACCAUUGGUGCAGGUGAGAAAGUACAACCAGAACACAAACCAGUGGCAGGAGUGUUCACAGCUGCAACUUCCUGAUAAUAUUUGGAACAGUGCAGUACUGCCCUGCGGUCCAAACCUGUAUUUCCUCUCAACCAAGGAAAUAUAUCGCUACGACCCAAGCGAGGACAAGUGGUGCAGGCGAACACCACUGUGGACCUUGAAUGAAUUCUAUACAGCCGUUGCCAUGGGAACUGAGAUUUUUUGCACAGAUAUGGAAUUUACACAGACUAUUGUGUAUGAUACAGAGGCAGACAGCUGGCAGAAACUGCAAGGCUGGCCAAUCCCAGACAUCUUCGCUGUUCAUGGUCUUCCAAUUUUAUUCGUACUGGAGAACCAACUGCACAUAUUGUUAACCUGUGUUAGCGACUCCCAGGAAGGGUACAUAUAUCUGGUGUAUGUGUAUGACAGGUCUGCUGAUGCCUGGAGAGAGUUGAAGGCAAAUCUGCCUAAUAGGGAGUAUUAUGCAUGUGGUUCUUUUUCCCCUGUGGCACGUAUGUACCUACCAUAUCUAAAGGGGACAUGAAAUACAUCACUUUGUAUGCUUUCCAGUGUUGAUGUGCAGGAUAAGGACACAGAAAGUACAGGACAGGACUGAUAGAUAUUGGCUUUUGUGGA